AUGGAAGAUGAGGCCCAAUGUUUUGAAAUUAAAAGACGAGUCCCAGGGGCUCCAUCGGUGGAUCAUGGUCUGGGUUUGGGGGGUAAAGUCUCCCAGGUAGUAGCGGCCUUUGAGGCAGGGUUGACUAUUGCCCAGAAUAAUGUGGAUCCAUCCAUGGUCAUCGGAUGUGAGAAUGGGUCUUCUGGCUCGAAUGUUGGGUUGCACGAGGAGGGAGCCGAGUUGAUUAAUGAGUAUGGGUCAAAUUUGACUGAGCUGGUGGUUGAUACCCGCAAACGCACUUUGGCUGUUGUGGAAGGUGAAGUGGGUUCUCCUCCUACGCCAAAGAAGCAAUUUGUGGAACUUGCUGACGAUCAUGUUAAGGAGAAGGUGGAGGAAGCCAGCCUAGAGUGGCCCCAGGCGGAUAAAUGA